AUGUCGGCGAAGCGAAGUAUUGGGGAUACAGAGUAUUUAAAAAAGAAAAUUCCACAGAACCCCAAGUACCAACAUGUGAAAUCACGGCUAGAUACAGGCUGUAGCCUUACAAAACACCUGGCGAGACUGGAGGAGAUUCAGAGAAAUUAUAGAUAUAGAAAGGAUGAACUUUUUAAACGACUUAAAGUAACAACGUUUGCACAGCUGAUCAUACAGGUGGCCACGGUAUCAGAACUGAAUGAAAAUAUUAUUACUGAAGUACCCAGGAAUGAAGAUGAAGAUUCAGUGAUAUCUACUGCGACAGAUGGUGAUAAUCAGUCAGAUCACACCAACGGUUCUCCUCAACCCACUCCUGUCCCUGUGCACUUUAUCGACAGCAACGACUCUGGGGAUACAGGCUUCUCCCCGAGGUCUACACUUCAGAGUGUGAUUAGUGGCGUGGGAGAGCUGGACCUGGAUAAAAAUGGCCAGAAGACAGCGAACCCCACACCUGAGUCGACUCCCAGUGCCACAGAGUCCCCUUACCCGGACUGUCCCUACCUUCUGCUGGACGUCCGCGACAGGGACGAGUAUGAUAAAUGCCAUAUUAUUAGCGCAUACAGUUACCCAAUUGCAAUGCUCUCACGGACAAUGAACCCCUACACCAAAGAAGUGCUGGACUAUAAAAAUGCGUCUGGGAAAAUCAUCAUUGUGUAUGAUGAGGAUGAAAGGACGGCCAGUCAGGCAGCUACCACUAUGUGUGAAAGAGGCUUUGAGAACCUCUUCAUGCUCUCCGGAGGACUGAAGGUGAUCGCCCAGAAGUUUCCAGAGGGAAUGACAACAGGCUCCAUUCCUGUGUCCUGCCUGCAGUCUCCCACAACGACAGGGGCUCGGAAACGUUCGGUUUCGCAGCCAGUGUCCCAGCCAGCAGAGAGGAAGUGGCGAUUCACAUCUGAAGACCUUAACAAAAUCCAACACUACCUAGAGGAGAUUCUCAUACCAAGUGACUCCAACAGUCGACUCAGCCGAAUGUCGACCGGCAGCAUCCGCUCCAAAGCAUCGAGCGCCCGCAGUAGCCGCAAGGGAUCGUCGGUCGGGGGGUCAGAGAGCGCAAGGUCACAGAGCAGCAGACCCUGGAAAUAA